GGGGAGGUGUCUUGCGGGUGGGACCGGGCCCUGCCCCACCCCGCAUUGGUCCGGCGCAGGGCCUGCGCUGCUCGGGGUGGAUGCAGGUGGCGUCGCUCUUGCCCCUCGCGCCCCUCGGCGGAUGCCUCCCACCCUGCCCCAGCCAGGGGAGGAACAACGCCUGUGGAUCCGCAGUUCCCAUGGCCGCAGCCGCCUGUAGCUUCAAGGCCAUGGGCCUCUUCAAGCGCACCUGGGUGCUGAGCCCGGCCGCGGCCCCCAGGGGUGGCUCCCGGUCCCCCGCUGCAUGGCCCUGCAAGGACUGGUCCCGGCUACGGAGCCUGGCUGGCCGCCUGCCCCCGCCCCACGCCCACUCCCACGCCUGCUCCUCGGCCCCGUCCAGCGCCUCGUGUCUCUGCCCACAGGACGCACUCAGCAGCAGCAUGAAGACUUGCUACAAGUACCUGAAUCAGACCAGCCGCAGCUUCGCUGUUGUCAUCCAGGCGCUAGACGGGGACCUUCGCCACGCUGUGUGUGUGUUUUACCUCGUUCUCCGGGCCCUGGACACGCUGGAAGAUGACAUGACCAUUUGCUUGGAGAAGAAGGUGCCCCUGCUGCAGAGCUUCCAUACCUUCCUGUACGACCCAGACUGGCGCUACACGGAGAGCAAGGACAAGCACAGACAAGUGCUGGAGGACUUCCCCACGAUCUCUCUGGAAUUUCGAAGUCUGGCUGAGAAAUACCAAACUGUGAUUGUUGACAUUUGCCAGAAAAUGGGAAAUGGGAUGGCAGAGUUUUUGGUUAAGAAUGUGACCUCCAAGCAGGAGUGGGACAAGUACUGCCACUAUGUGGCUGGGCUGGUAGGAAUCGGCCUUUCGAGGCUCUUCUCAGCCUCGGAGUUUGAAGACCCAGUGGUGGGCGAAGACACGGCUCUGGCCAACUCCCUGGGGCUGUUCCUGCAGAAGACAAACAUCAUCCGAGAUUACCUGGAGGACCAGCAGGAGGGUCGGGAGUUCUGGCCACAGGAGGUCUGGGGCAGGUAUGUCAGGAAGCUGGCAGACUUGGCGAAGCCCGAGAACAUUGAUGUGGCCGUGCAGUGCCUCAACGAGCUCAUCACCAACACUCUCCACCACAUCCCCGACAUCAUCACCUACCUGUCCCGGCUCCGCAACCAGAGCAUCUUCAACUUCUGCGCGAUACCCCAGGUCAUGGCCAUCGCCACCUUGGCCGCAUGUUACAACAACCAGCAGGUGUUCCGCGGGGUGGUGAAGAUCCGCAGGGGCCAGGCGGUCACCUUGAUGAUGGAUGCCAACAACAUGCCAGCCGUGAAGGCCAUGAUUUUCCAAUACAUGGAAGAGAUUUACCAUCGGAUCCCCAGCUCAGACCCAUCCUCCGAGAAGACAAGGCAGAUCAUCUCCACCAUCCGGACGCAGAAUUUCCCCAGCUGCCAGCUGGUGGCCCGGAGCCACUACUCACCCAUCUACCUGUCCUUUGUCAUGCUCGUGGCUGCCCUGAGCUGGCAGUACCUGAGCGCCCUGUCCCAGGUCACAGAAGACUACGUGCAGACUGGGGAGCACUGAGCACAGGCCCCAGCCGAGGUGCGGGAACCCACAGACUUUGGAUGGGACUGGCUUUGUUUUCCUUCCUAUUUUAAUCCCUCCAGGAACUCAGUGUACUUGGAGCUCAGAAACUGUGAAAUGCAUUUGCAGGGAAUGAGGGAAUGAAAGCCAAGGACGCUUUCCCUCGGCGCUGCUGCCUGGGUCUGUCUCCUCGCCACGUUGGUGAUGGGGCUGUACGCUCAUAGCCACAAAGUCUCUUGCUGCAGACUGGUGGCUGGAAUGAUAAUUAAAUGUAUUUAAUUUGAAGCAGCUUUGAAUAUCAUAAUGCAAAAUAAAUACAUUUUCCUUCUC